AUGAAAGCAGCAGUGCAUGGUCCUGUUGUGGUUAUCAAUAUCAGCCAGUACAGGUCUGAUGCCUUGAUUAUCAUGCCUCAGUCAAGUGAACUACACCAUGUAGCUUUGCCUCUAUUCACCAGUGAGAAAGCAAGGUAUCUACAGACACAACUACAUGAUUACCUUGUAGAUGCUGGGAUAAAUGUCAGGAAACCUGACAAAGAGCUGCAAAGCAGAUUUCCUGAGAUCCUCUCAAGUCUCUGGACUUGUGUAGUGCUUCCUAUUAUGCAAAGGAUGUCUCCAAAGAUUGAGCAAAAGAAUCCACACACAUUACCCCACAUCUUCUGGUGUUUGACUGGCCCAUUGACAUUUUUGCCCUUGCAUGCAGCUGGAUUAUAUGAGACUGCAGAACCUGGCCCAAAGCUGAUGGACAUUGCCAUUUCUUCUUAUAUCCCAACAUUGACAGUGCUGUUGGAUAGGAUACACAGAGAGGCACUCAUCUCACCCAAACUAUUGGGAAUAUGCCAAACAUGUACACCAGGCCAGGUUCCUCUUCUGGCUGCUGAGCAUGAAAUGUUAGCCAUUGCUCAGUUAAUAGGUCAAUAUGACCCUCAGGGUGUUACAGUCCUAAAAGACAGUGCUGCUACUGUAGAGCAUACCCUGCAAAGCCUAGCUGAAUGCAAUUGGGUUCAUCUGGCUUGUCAUGGUGUUCAGGACAUGACUGAGCCAACUUCCAGUGCUAUCCUUCUUUGGAAUGGCAGGUUGACACUGGCUGAGAUCAUUAAGCUAUCUCUUCAGGAUGCAGAGCUUGCAUUUCUCUCAGCCUGUGAGACAGCCACUGGUGAUAAAAGCUGUAUGCUUCUGGCUGGAUAUAAGGGUGUCAUUGCAACCAUGUGGUCAAUCCAAGAUGAGGAUGGACCUGUGGUAGCCAGCAAAGUCUAUGAUCAACUUCUGGAUGGUAAGAUACCAAAUGCCAUGAGAGCAGCAGAGGCACUGCACAAUGCAGUUCUGGAAUUGCAGCAGAAGGGUGCAUCGUUCGAAAGAUGGGUGCCAUUUAUUCAUAUGGGUGUUUGA